UAGCAUCUCUGCCACGUCAUAUAUGCCAGGCGGAAACAGCAGCCGAAAAAAACCUCCUUUAACUGUCUAUGGAAAAAAAAAAACACCCACGCUGUUCUGCUCAAUGAUGUAGCCCAGCCACCUACAUAAGUAGUCCAACUGCCCGGUUGGCACUGUAGUUACGUUACCUCAGUCUGGGAAUUCAACUGGACCAUCUCUUCUGGUGUUUAACUGCAGAUAUUGUGGGUAAUGCUGCUGGACGAGACUCCACUCUUUGAGCCCUCUCUGCUGCAGGAGCUAGACUGGAGUAGCAACACUGUCUCCUUCUCCCCCCCAAUUUCCCCAUCCAGCCCAGGGGAAGGCCUGGUGCUCAGGCCUCUCUGUACGGCAGACUUCAACAGGGGAUUUUUCAAGGUUUUAUCUCAACUCACUCAGACGGGCGAUGUCACACCAGACCAGUUUACGAAAAAGUUUGAGCAUAUGAAGAAUACUGGAGACUACUACGUUGCUGUGGUGGAGGACACACAUCUGGGACAGAUUGUUGCCACGGCCACAUUGAUUACAGAACACAAAUUCAUCCACUCCUGUGCUAAGAGGGGCCGGGUGGAGGAGGUAGUAGUUAGUGACGUGUGCAGAGGGAAGCAGCUGGGCAAACUGUUAGUUUCAGCUCUUACUCUUCUCAGCAAAAAACUGAAUUGCUAUAAAAUCACACUGGAAUGUGCACCCAACAAUGUGGCUUUCUACCAAAAGUUUGGAUACACUGCCUCAAACGAGACUUACAUGCAGUGCCGGUUUUCCAACUGAGGACAACAGCAGCUUUAAACAUGGACCACACCUUCAUACAUGUAUGUUGAAGAAAUCCGCUCAGUCUAAAAUCUCCCCCCUCCCCCCCCUUUGGUAACCAUGGCUACCUCACCAGGGGGAGCUCUGUCAUCAUCUUCCCCCAUUAUACGAAGAAAGGAUUGUCAAUUACUGCAAAUGUAAUGUCUUACAUUAUUAAUAAGCAAUGUGCUGUGUACUGACAGAGAUAAUUUAAAUUA